GUAAAAAUCAGAGGGGGACAUAUGUUUUGUUUGAGAAGAUUUUGGGAUAUUAUUGUAUUUCUGCAGUUCAAACUUGAGAACCCAGUUUUGUCUUCUGUUUUUCUUUUAAAUUACUCUUUCCCACUUGUAGAAAAUUUCCUUUCCUUGUUUUCCUGCAUUUAUUCAUGUAUAUGAACACCAUGAACCAUUUAUUGUUUCCUUUUCAACGAAGAAACAUGAUAAAAAUUGCAGAUAUUUCCCCAUUUAAUCUUUAAAACCAAGCUAACACACAUACACACACAACACCUUGCUUAUGAAUUCUUCAGCCGCCGCUUUCGUAUUUUCAUGAUUUAAAGAUUCUAUAAACAGCUCCAACUAUAUAUAUAGUGAAUUUCAUAAGUUUGAUGUUUAGCAGCAAAAAUUGCAGAAAAGCUUGGAAAGGCGUGUUCCAUAGAGAAGGAAGAUGGAGAAUGUUUACCAACCUUAUAUUGACCCUGAAGUUCAAUCCCUUCUUGAUAGAAUCCAUCCUCCCAGGGUUUGCAUCGACAACGACGCCUUCCAUGACUGCACGCUUGUAAAGGUGGAUAGUGCAAACAGGCACGGGAUUCUGCUAGAGAUGGUCCAGGUUUUGACUGAUCUUGACCUCGUUAUCUCCAAAUCAUACGUUUCAUCAGACGGUGGAUGGCUCAUGGAUGUGUUCCAUGUGACAGACCACCUAGGGAGCAAAGUUACUGAUGAGACCCUAAUUCUUUACAUUCAACAGGCACUUACUGAUCCUAGGAGGAGAGGAGAGAUUCCAAAGGAAUUACAAACAUGUCUGACAAGAGAUGUGAAGCCUUGCCAUGUCUCGACGGAACAUACGGCGUUGGAAACGACCGGCAGGGAUCGACCUGGUCUCAUGUCGGAGAUAUCAGCGGCAUUAUAUGAAUUGAGAUGUCAUGUUACUGCAGCCGUUGCAUGGACACAUAAUGCUCGAGUGGCAUGCAUAAUCCAUAUCGAAGAUGGUCUAAUGCGGGGACCAAUAAUGGCAUCGAAAAAGCUGGCACAAGCACAUGAGAAGCUAAAGAGUGUAGUUGAGGCUCAUCAUGAGAGUGGUGAGCGUUGGAGCGUAAGGUUAACGGCCCCUGCGGUUGGUAGGACACAUACAGAACGACGGCUCCACCAACUGAUGUAUGCCGAUAGAGACUACAAGCAAUGUCAGGGCAGCGAUGGAAGUUGCAGACAGUGGAAUGGGUGUACGAAUACGCAUGUGACUAUAGAAGCUUGUAGAGAAAAAGGGUACCUGGUGGUCAACAUAAGAUGUAGAGACAGAACCAAGCUCUUGUUCGACACGGUUUGUGCCUUAACCGACAUGCAAUACGUAGUGUUCCAUGCUGCCAUUAGCUCAAAGGGUACCAUGGCAGACCAGGAAUAUUUCAUAAGGAGACAAGAUGGAUUCAGUUCGAAUACACAAAGUGAAAGAGAAAAACUUGCACAAUGUUUGAUUGCAGCAAUAGAAAGAAGAGAAUCCCAUGGGUUGAGGCUUGAUAUAUGCACACAAAACAAGAUGGGAUUGCUUUCAGACGUGACGAGGGUGUUUCGUGAAAAUGGGUUAUCAAUAACCCGAGUUGAAAUCGGGACACAAGGGGAGAGAGCGACCGGAACUUUCCACGUUACGGAUGCUUCGGGGCAUGAAGCAGAUCUAAGAACAGUGGAAUUGGUGAGACAAGAGAUUGGGGGGUCUGUUUUGAGGGUAUAUAGAUCACCUAAUGGGACCUCUAGAGCAUCUUCAUCAAGUAUUAGUAGAAACAGUAGUGGUGAAGUGGAAGAAAGGGCUAAGUUUUCAUUGGGGAAUUUGUUAUGGUCUCAGCUUGAGCUUUCGGAGAAUUUUGGGUUCAUUAAAUCAUAAACAGUUCCUAAUCAUGUACAUAAUUCAUUAUUUAUGAAAUAUUAGGGUUUCUUUUCCCAGUCAUAAA